AAAAAAAAUAAAAGGCCACGCCCCUUGUCGUGGGCGUGGUUUCGAGGCACACGUUGUAUCCAGUCCCCUGCCCUGACCUGCAGUACAGACUAGAGCGCUUGGACCUGUGGCAGUUUCACGCGCAAGGAGCAUCAGGUUAUCUCCCCUCCGGAUAUGCCUUAACGACCUCUGGGUGGAGGACAAGAAAAAACAAGAAGCAAUGUUAAGCAGAAAGUCGGAAAUGUCUGGAAAUGCGCUGGUGUCGGCGGCCGGGGACCGCGGCAGGGUGGCGGAGAGGCUGCGGGCGGCGUUUGCGGGGCUGCAGGAGCUGCAGCAUCUGCGGGAGAAGCAGGGCGACUUGGUGCAGCGCGCGCUCCGUAUGGACACGGAGAGCGAGCACGCGCGCAGUGAUGAGUGUCCACACGAACGUGACGAGGACACGAACAGAGCCGAGGAGCAGGAGCGACUGGAGACAACGCUCAUAGCCCUCAAACAACAACUGACCCGGUUGCGCAGGCAAGACGUUGGACUGAAAACACACUUGCAGCAGCUGGACCAGCAGAUCAGUGAGCUUAAACUGGAUGCAUGUAAAACUUCUGCUGAACACCUGGAGAGUGACAGUCGUCCCAGUUCAGGAUUCUUCGAUCUCAGUGAUGGUGGUUUGGGCUCUCUUUCGAACUCCUGCACAUCUGUCUACAGUGAAUGCCUUUCAACUUCAUCUCAAGCGAGCCUCCUUCCACUGUCCUCAGGCUUCUUGGCUGCCCACAGCCAUAAUGCCCAAUUGCAGACUGACGUGUGCCGUAGACGCUCUGCGGACGAGACUACGGCUCAGCCAGACAUCCCGCGAGGCCUGGGUGUACGUCUGGGUAGUAGCGGAAUACGCACAGGUUCAAUCAGCUCAGAGAGAGCAAGAAAAAGACCGGUCUCAACAGGUGAUCUUGAUACAGUGAUCCACCCUGGUUUUGGCUAUUAUAAAACUGUCGACAUGAAAAACUCCACCCUAUCCAGCAAGUUCUACGACCACACCAUGGAUCUCAAAUUUCAGUGCAACCUUGUAUCCCGCAGUGGUACUGAAGUGUACUGCUACCCAAGCCCCCUGCAUGCCGUAGCCCUGCAAAGCCCCAUCUUCUCUCUUAGUGGAGAUAAGGGCGGGCAUUUGGCCACAGAUGCUUCUGAGAAACACACCAACAUCGGACUUUCUAAGGACUCACUUCCCAAGCAAGAGCCAAAUGGACCCAAAUCUGAAGGUUAUAUUGUCAAACUGCUUCAGCGCAGCUCAAGUAAGAUGAGCCUCCAGAGUGAGUUGGGUGUGGAAAAAGGCUUGAGUACGAGUAACAUUGUUCAGGAUCAUGGGCUUCUCGAAUUCCGAAUGAAGCAAGUGAAUAAUGACAAAGUGCAGGGAUCACUUGAACGGAAAGUAGAGUCCCCCAGAAUUCUAGUGAAGGUUGGAAAGAAUUCACCACCAAGACCUGCUGACAAACAGCAAUUGUCCCUAAAUACCAUUAGUGCAGAAGAAUACAGGCAAAUGUGUCUUAUACAGCAUUCAGCAAGUACAAGAAAUCAAAAACCAACUGCACUGAUGUGUCAAGACAAAGUCAAUGAAAAUGAGCCUAGGGAUCAGUUUGAACAGGGGAAUGGCUUUGAGGAUGCAGCAACAGCAUCAAAGGCUCAUGAGAGGAGACCUAGCUUUACCUUCCCUAAUGAGGAGAAUAAACUCAAAAAUGGAGGUUGUACUCAUACCGUGAGAUCUGAAUUUGUUUGUGCCCAAUUUGUUCCAGCAGGGUCUCAGAGAGUGAAAGUGCGUCAGGCAGACAAGAAGACAAAGGCCAUGAAACUGCGGAAAAGGGGUCUUGAGAAACCAACAGGCAAGAAGCACCACCUGAAGCCCUCAUCUCGAGAUCAUGAAAAGGAUAAAGGAUAUAGCACUAAAACACGUGGAGACAGAAAUCCAAAGCAAUACAUUGCAGAGAGGGAGUGCAUCGAAGCUCCCCUUAUGGAGCCCAGACUACGUUCUUGUUCAGAGUCCAGUCUUUUGGGGCCUGGAAAUUCAUGUGUCACUCACCUCCAGUCAUAUCGGCAGCAGAAACAUCCCUCUAAAUCCAACAAACUCCCUAAGGUUCAGUCACCAGAUUUCGAGAACCAUUCCAGAAAGAAGCAGAGCUCUCAAAAAUUGCCACAUGCUUCAGAGAUACAGCUACCACUUGCUCCCCCAACUCACUACCAGAGGUCCAGGGAGGUGCCAUUUCACAGAGUCUCACCGAAGCCCGGAAUGCCGCGAAGUUUGAGCAUGAGGCCUCGCUCGGGUCAGUGUAGUGGUCUUUCUCAUCCACUCCAACCCUCGUUGUCCUCUUCGUCUUACUUUAGCAAUAUGAAUUUGAAAUAUCCCCCUGCACCUUUAUGCACUCGCUACCCACCAAGGUGUGAAUCAGAAUACUCGGCCGAGUGUGCUCUCUUCCACUCAACUAUCGUCGAGAGCAGCGAGGGAGAGCUGAGUGACUAUACCACCAACCGCUUCGGAGACAGCGAAUCCAGCCAGGAAUCUCAAACCGGUUCUGACUCAGACAGCAGCCUGUCAAUGGAUGAAGAUUACCUGUAUGAGGAAGAUGAGGAUGAAGGAGGUCUAGUGUGGGCUGAGGCUACUGUUGGGCCCACAGCCAACGGGCUCUCCACCCAACAGCACCUUCGCACUGAACCAGCUUCAUGUCGCAUAAAAGCAUCCAGAGCACUGAAGAAGAAGAUUCGCCGCUUUCAACCAGCCUCACUUAAAGUCAUGACUCUGGUAUAGUCUUUUAUAUUUCGUCCACUUGUCAAAGGUUUACAGUCUUUUCACUAUUUUCUUGUAUAAUGUAUAUCGUCUGUGCCAGAUUUUAGGACUGAUAAAAUCUAUUUUUAUGCAAGGCACUCCAUUAUUAAGACAAAUUCCCAUUUACCUUUUAUUUAGUCAGUGUGGAAAUGUUGCUUAUGCCUGACCUGAUAUAACCACUCCUCAGAUUUUACCCAUGCACCAAAACUACUCUUAUUGCCCACUGAAGACAGAAAAAUGAAGCACCAAACACAUUUUCUUGUUAAACUUAUUACAGUCUGUAUAUUGUAAAUAUGCUGUUGAAGAAUACGCUUGUUUUUACAUAUUCAAAAACCAAAAAAAAGGUAACCUAGAAAGAAAAUGCCUUGUAUUCUGUUUCUCGAAAGCCAUUAUGUGUAAUUAUUUUUCACAUUUGAUUUUUGCUAUGCAUCUUAAUCUUCUUGCAAAUAAACACUAUUUAAUGUUCAAACGA